GCGCUCUGUUUUGAUCACACAAUAGGGCUGCGUGUAAGCAGUGAUAGAAUCUGCUCGUCGCGAUGAAAAUAAUUUUGGAUUUUCUAACUCGUCUGUGGAUUACUGUCAUGAAUUAUUUAUUUCCCAAAAAGAUAAAGGAGAGAAAACGAACGCUGUCGGUUGAGGAAACUAUUAUUUCAGAGCAAGCCGCUUUUCUGUGUCAGAAAUACAUCGAAGCAAGAUUCACGCGAUCAAAUUUGUGCUACUACAACCCGAAGAGCCGGAAGAGAGACGGAGAGCCCACAACUGCAUGUCCCGAGGAUGUAGUCAACACAUUGAACGAAAUGGGCGCUUUGCUUGAGAAAAGCUACCCAAAACUCUAUAACAACGUUUUGGAUCAACUAAACUGGCGGAUAAACCUUGCUAUCCUCGUUUGUAACAUGUUCAAUCGCGUCUCCGAGGAAAUUAUAGCUUCUGGCGUGAACUGGGCUCGGAUUAUCGCUGUUUACGCUUUCGCCGGCGCACUAGCCUACGAUUUAACACAGACAGGAGACACAAGAUUCAUCCGAUGUCUGUCGAGGUGGAUGGGUCAUUUCUCCGCUAGACGUUUGAGUCCGUGGAUCAGACAGAAUGGAGGAUGGGUAAGUUUGAUUUGCUUUUAAUUUUUUUUUCGCCUUCGUAUCUGGUUGUUACCUUUUGUGUGAGGACUCCACGAGAUAUUGUUUGCUUCUCUUAUGGUAGCAUAUCAUCAUUUGCAUAUAUCCGUGUUUCAAGAAUAUCGAAUGAAAAUAACGAAGCGGCAUCGUGUUGGUUUACAUUUUCUGAAAUCUGAUAUUUGACCCUUGAUUUUAAUCCUUUGAAAUAAUGUUAGUUAAUGGAUUCCUCUUAUCAAGGCAUGUCACCACAGAUGCAGUAGUCUACGCGUGUUAGCGUUACCCUUUUAAGCUGGUUAUAUCAACAGCGUGUCGUCAACAUACUUUCAAAUCCCAUAAUCACUUCAUUUUGUUUGUGGAAGCUCGUCGCCAAGUGGUAAUUAGUUUCGGUUGGAUGGAAGCCAGAAGCUAGAUGCCGACUCACGCUCGUCCCACCACGAUCGUCGUGUAACUUCGGUACCAGUCUUUCGGGAUGUAGUUCUUUGAUCAAUACAGAAACGAACGAGGGCGAUCGUCACUCAUGGUUUUCCGACUACAAGUUAUGAGCAGAUUUCUGUAAAAUUGAGAAACUUUGAGACUCCGACGACUUAAGUGGAUGUGUGGGAAGAAUAGUUGUGUCGAAAGAUUAGCUGUGUGGGAAGAAUAAUUCAUGUCAUGUCUCCUAACAUUGACCACUACUUCACAAGGCGUAUAUUUUUUUGUAAAAUUUUACCCCGAUUUUCUCUUUCAUGCAAGGAUAGAAAGGAGGAGGAAUUCACCAAAUUUAGUUUGUGACCAAGAUCGUGCUGAGUAUAUAACAGGAAAACUCGAAAAGAUUUUUACUGCGAGAGUUUUUCUUGGUAACAGCCGUAAGGGGCUUGGUGAGGGUCGGGAGUACCAAAGCAGAAGCCACCUACUAGCAACCGUUCACCAGUACACGAAAAUCAGCUGAAAAUAAGAACACCUACUCGCUCGCCAUUCCCUCAUCCCUCCUUCACGCUUUCCCCGCUUUUCCUCCCCUCCCCCCCCCCGGCCCCCCCGCCUCAAAAGGUGUGCGUAUAGUUUCACCGAGUACAUACAGUUUGCUUGCCAACUCAAUUUUAUUCAGUUUUUGUUCUCUUAAAUCAACAGAAAGGCCUUGUGACACAUUUCAAGGAAGAGGAACAGUCAGUAAUGGGCUCGUUAAGUAGAUGGCUUUCAGGGAGUCAACCAAGAAAGGAGCAACCCGAGUCUGAAACAGUCUCUUCGAGACGUUCAUGACACGAAUACAGUACGGGAAGGAGGCCAAAAAACUUAGUUCAGUUUUAGUGCAAGUCAGUGGCAACUUCAAAAUGAACCUCUAAAUGCAUGGAGCGCGAAUUUUCAAAGACGAGUGUCACUUGCACCAAUUGAAUGGCACGGUGAUAUCAAUCAAGUUUUGAGGUCAGCGGUGGAUAUGAGUCGCCAGCACAGGGAAUUUUACCAGUUUACGUGGUUAAGUAACGGAAAUGCAAGCUAUCAGAUAUCAGAUAUUCCCAUUUUGGCGUUUGUUUCCCGACUUGAGAUUCUUCUGCCAAGGGCGGGUAGUAAUUACUCAUACAAACUUAGUACACCUAAUUUUCAUUGACGUCUGGAAAAUUUUAAAAAAAAUAAACCAAAAAGGGAGGCUUCGAGUCAGUGGACUGGCGUUAACUUAUCUUCUCGAUUUGGCACAUGAAGUUUGUUUUUCUUUCUCUAGCGCAAACCGCUUGAUUCAGUCUCGAAAGAACUCCCACGAUGGGCCACCAGGCACUGUAAUUAUGGGCUACUAAAUUAAGUUUGGUUAGCUUUGCAAACAACGAAUUUCUUAUGUUUCAAGUCAUUACUACAAGUCUUUUUCAUACCUUUGUCAAAUCACAGCAUUUCUUGACAUUGAAAGGUUCUUUAACCAGCUUUGUUUGCGAACCAUAUGUUAAUAUUUUCCAUGUUUCUUACAUGACAUUUCAAAUCAAAAGAAAAAAGACAUUUGCUGCCCUUAUCGAGAACUCACUCAUACUGGAUUGAUAACAAUAUAAAAGUAGGCGUUCGAGUUGAAUCCAGUUGCAAAAACUCAUUCGACGCUAUCAGUCUUUCUCAAGCCUCCGUCCGUUACCCGUCUCCAGAAGAAUGAACGCUUCUCAAGGGAACCACGAUUCCGUAGCACUUCCCGUCCCGCUCGCGCUUCGCUCUCUAGGAAAGCCCUGAAAUGCUGGGGAGACACUUGGCGAUUUUAUUCGCCGAUCGCGGCGUAAAUUGUCGAUAUUUGACACGCCAAAUAUCGGCGUCUAAAAUCGCUAGGUAUGUCGCCGGCUCAUGAAAGUCCCGCUUGACACUUAGAAGGCGGUUUUGGGGCGUUCCAUGAGAAAAUUCGGCCAACAGACGCGCGCUCAUCUUUCCCCGAGAUGACUUCAUAGGAAAGUGAACCAAGGAACAAAUACUCGCAACAAAAAUCAAAGGAAACAACUUUAGAGUUUCCCACAUUUUAUUAUUUGCAUCAUACAACAACCCAAAAAACCCAACGUAAACAACCCAUGUAACCAAGGUUUAGGUUCAACAGAACGCAAAUACUAUGCAAAUUAACAUACAAUUAGCAGAAAAUUAAACAAUGUUUAGAUUAAAAAAAAACUAAGAGAUCGAGUGACUGUACCUCAUUCUGUUAACUUCAACUAUCAAUCACAGCUCACCUACUUUGGGACGAAGAUUGGAAGGUUUACUUAGUUCAAAAAGUAACGAUGCUUGGUAAGAGGCCAACCGUGCUGUAAACGCGUCAUUUCAUUUUAUUAUCCAGAAUUUAGUUGUAAAAGGUUAUCAGUUUAUUUUGAAAUCAGGAAAAGCCUGUUCCAGGAGUUCAGUUAGCAAAACUUAGCGAAAUAUCAAACGGCGCGAUAGUAGCGGAAGAAUGAAAAAACCGAGGGAGAAUUGGGUCCGGCCGGGUUCAAUAUGCGACCCGACCUUGACACCCUGCGCUUUUUUCACUCCUCCGCAACAAAAGCGCAGUUCACUAUUGCGCUUCGUUUUACAAAAUUAAUGCCAAGAACAGGCUAAAAUAGGAAUUGAUAAUACGUUCCCAACUUUAGAAUCGGAAGGGUAACAAAAGUAACAACAUUUACGUAGUGAAAUAAAACGAAUAGACACAGAAACGCAAAAAAUAUAGAGAGAUUAAACGUUCCUAAUCAAGCACUAUGAAAUACUCAAGCGCACCUCUGACCAGGAUGGACUGCACAAGCAGCAAAGCCCACACCAGUGGACCCGUUUCUUGUUAACUCUGUAAACAGUGUAAACUAUCAACUAACAAAAAUCACCCACAAGUUAAAGACAAUAAAUUGUUCCCCAAAAGGAGUUUCCUCUCCUCCAUAAAAAGUCAUGCAAACGGGAAAAACGAUUCACUGGCUUACUGUUGUUCAAAACGUGCUCCUUGUUUCUCGCCUCUAACUGGCCAAACAGUUUUUCCACCCUCAGAAGUAACAAUUACUUCACCCUCGUUUUAAUUCAAUUCUUUAAAUACUUCGCGAUAUUGCUGACACUGGAAGGCAAGACUUUUCUUUCCUCAAACAAUUACCACAAUAAAAAGCCACUAAAAACAAUUAGUUUCAACGGUUUAACAUAAAGGAAAUAAUGAAGAGAUAAACAAAAAAUUUGCAGAAAGCUUACUUUUGAGGAAGCAGGCUCUUGCCGAUGCUAAAUUAGUCUGUAAAAGAACACUACUCAUUCACAAAAAUGAAUACAACAAAUCAAUCACAUGCUGUAAGGAAACACAGAAGAGCUGAAGUUCCAGAACUAACCAACAAACGUUUACAAAACUCGAUAUGAACACGAGAUACAAAAUGAGGAUGAAGCAGAUCAAGAUAUGCCUAGAAAGAAAUCUUUCUGUUGAUUUACUGACAAAAUAACCACCACGGGUUAAUGGAAGAACAAGGGAAAAGCUGUAAAAGAAACUAUAGACACUGCAGUAGGGAGAAUGGAAACCACAGGGGCGACAUAAUAAGACAACAGUACGAACACUAUAUGAGGCUGUAGCAAUAAAAUAUAAUCAUAUUUAUGAAUAUCUAUCGCUCAAAGCUUACUCAUGGCGACUGAAGAGCGCGUUUAAUUACCAAUUUACCAAUGCUUUAGUUCAUUCUGCAAAAUAGCAAUAUUAGUUUACAAGUGUGUACGCGAUUUUGUUACAUAGAAACCAACACAGCAGAAAAUUCAAGUUUAAACAGUUCAAAUAUUAUUCUGAAUGACAACAAGGUUAUCGAAAAAUAUUGAAGCUGGGAAAAUGAAGACACUAUGAUUUUAACACUAAUAAAUUAGCAAUUAUCCACCGAACUGGUGGAUACGUCAAACCAGAUCCUUUGAUUCCUUCCUAAGACAAGGGUUGCUGUGCUUGUCAUCUGCUUUCAAAGCUUACUGUUGGAGAGAAUAUGCUCUGGCCAACACUUUUCACUCAAUGAAUGCAAGUAUUAAUGUCAUAACUGAAAUAUAUGCUACAAAGUUUAAGAUGUCAAAUUCAAACAACAAAUUGAUCAUAGCUUAUCGCAUUAUAUCGUGAAAAAGAAUAAAAAAGAUGAAUAAAAGUCUUGAAGCUACCAGCAUGCCUGUAGUGGACGUCAGAGUUAACAUUUCAGCAAAAAUUACUCUAGUAAUAUGCAAUGUAUCUAAAAGGAGCAUCCAACCCCAGUUGAAAACAAAGGGGACUGGAUUCUAAAGCAUGCACAUUCCAUCAAUGAUCAGUAAUGUAAUUGUAAUAAAAAUAUCAUAGAGAUUGACAGAGGUAUCAACAACUCAAAGCUUACUGAGCUUGGAGAGGCAUACUCUUUGCCAAUGCUUGCGUAGGUCUGGAAAAUAACACUAUUCAUUCAAGAAAACACAACGUUUGAAGAAACAGUUCAGAACUCCAACAAGAAAAAAUUUAGCUGAACGACGAAAGUCAGAAAGAUCUAAUAGUAAAAUAGGAAAUGAUGCUGAUAUCACAAUGAAGUUAUAGAAUCAACACAACAAAGACAUGGCAAACCAGAGAAUACAAUAACAUUGUUUUCAAGAAAAAAUCAAACUCUGUUAUCAAAGAAUCACUUCAUACAACAAGCUUACUGUUGAGAUGAACAGUUGCUCUGCCUCUGAAAAACAACUUUGUUGUCAGAGCAAAUAGCAAUUCAAGUAGCUAGCUACAAACAAAAAUGAAAAACACCAGAAAAAAAACUAAAGAUAAAACUUUAAAGAAUCAGCAAGAGACUAUCAGAGCCAGCUAUGAACUCCACCGUCUCCACUGACUUUACAACAAAUGUACAAAUUUUCCCCGAACGUUGUUUUAGUCUGAAAAGCAACAUGGUUAUUCAACCGAAGCAUACAAGAGCACGACAACCUGAAAAGACUCAUUGUCUUCCAUAAUUUUAACAGGAAAUGUAUAUCAAUGCUUAAUAGCAACCUCUAACAGAACACUAACAAUAACCAUGAUAAUGAUUAACUGUUGAUCUUCUGGACCACAUCAAAAAUAGCUCCUCUUUGAAAAGACACAGGCCAUCCUGUGUUUUGCGUUGUGAUUACGCCAGCCCUUGGUAGCCUUGUCAAGAUGACCACAGCAGAUCAAUUUGUGACAAUACAAAUUUAAGCAUUUACGAAAGUGCAACACAUUUUAUAAUUAACAACAAUGCAUGGAAAUAAUUAAUAAAACUGGCCCUUUUUAAUAUAAGCUUAAAAAUUACGUGGGAGGACGAGGUAGGUCAAUAGUUUGCUAACCUAAGGUCAACUGAGACUAAGAAAGACACGAUAAAGAACGUCCGUCGCUGCUUCUGUAGAAUGUAAAGUGUAACAUGUACCACAUGCAAACAAUACAUAAAAACACUGCAAUUCGAUCAAUUUCAUUAUCAAUGCAUCAACAAUACAAAAUUAACAAAACAUUGCAAGUUUGAAUACAAGACUAACUCUAACGAGCACGCAUUGGCAACAGUGUAUCAGUUAACAUUUCAAUGACUUUUAAAGCAAUGAAGACAAGAAUCAAACCAGAGGAAACCUUCAAAUGUAACAGCUUUACUAAGAAAUAAUGCUAUUGAUAAUAAUAUUUGAUGUCCCAGACUACUUUUUUAACCCUAUAAAUCAAUCACAGGUCUGUACAACUAGGAAAGUAAAAGCUUCAUCCAACACCAAACCUGCAGAUUUAUUUCAGUGAAGUCAAAAAUAGCAAUAGUAGAAUUACAACAAAAUGCACACAAGAAAUAAAAUGUAUCCUUUAAUACCACGCCCAUUUGGUUUACUUCGCGUCCUAUCCUGUAAAUUCAUACAUGUUUACAAACUCAGAGCAUAUUUGAUAGCUGACUACAAAUGCAAAUCAUAUUAAAAAUCAAAAUGUCUAUAAGAUAGGCUAAUAGGAAAUCAAUGCUAAGAGUAGAACACCAAAAUCCUUUGUAAAAAAAAGAGAUCUUCCUUGCAAAAACAGCUUUCUUGAAGACACCUCUACCUCUCUUCCUAGAAAGAAAUGUAUGAUAGAAAUGGUAUCAUUUAGAAUAGCACUUACCAUAAUUUCUAAAACAACUUUAAAAUUUGCUGGUAGGACUCAAUAAUUCACAGUGACAUUUGUAUGCACCAUUUCAGCCCAGUAAAAAUAAAUAAUUCCCGAUAUAAUUCAAAUAACAAAGGAGAUAUUGGAAAUGAAUAACAGCCACUUUGCUAAAUAUUAUCAUAAAAAUUUAAAGAUCAAACUCAAUCAUGACAGAAUGUGCAUUAUUUCACCAGCUGACCUGACUG